AUGCUUAUUCCCACAGGAUCACCAUCUCUGAAUUUCAGAUUGAACAAGGCCGGAAACAAAAUGGCUUCGGGGCUUUUCUUCGACCCGCUCAAGCUCCUCCGCGUUGCCCCGCUUCUCACCACCACAUCGGCGCUACUCUAUGCUUGGGGUGAGCACUGGUAUCUCUCAGGCUUCCUGCGCUCACAGCACAAGUCCGAAACCGAGACGAUCCUCCCGAGUUACUUCCGUCGCUUCUUCGAGCAGGGUAUAUUUGGUAUCUUUAUCGUUGCCGGUCUCAACAUCCUCACGCUCUCCAGUUCGGUCGCCAAUCUGUUGAUUGAUCGUCCGGUACUGGACCGUCUACAAUCUUCGCGAUGGUACUGGGUUGGCCUGGUCUUCAUUAUUUUUCGCCUUUUGUCUGUACCUCUUAUCACGUAUCCAAUUCGCGAUAUUAUAGAGAAUCGAUCUCAGGGAGAAAGCACUAAGGAUUUACAGCAUCGGAUCGAUAUGCAUCGUAUUCGUGUUUUUUGUUAUUGGUUUGCUGGCAUGGAUGAGUUUCCUGGCCGCCGUGCUUUCCAUAAUUCACCUAUGAGCUGA